AUGGGCGGAAUCGACUAUUUGUUGUUUGAAGAGGCUACUGGAUACGCUGUAUUCAAAGUCAAACUGCAACAGGAUGAUAUUGGAGCAAGAUUAAAGGAAGUCCAGGAGGCUGCUAAAAGCUCAAGUUUGUUCAAGAAGAUGGUAGAACUUGUUUCUUUUGCCCCAUUCAAAGGUGCUGCCCAGGCUUUAGAGAAUGCUAACGACAUCUCUGAAGGUCUUGUGUCCGACUACCUGAAAUCUGUCUUAGAGUUAAACCUUCCAAGUGGCAGUUCUAAGGAGACCAUUGGCCUCGGUAUUUCCGACAAGAACUUGGGUCCUUCCAUCAAGGAAAUUUUCCCUCAUGUGGAGUGUCACUCUAACGAGAUUGUUCAAGACCUCUUGCGAGGCAUUAGAACUUUUGGAUUCAACCUUUUGAAACAGUUGCAAGAGGGUGAUAUCGAGCGUGCUCAGCUUGGUCUUGGUCACGCUUACUCCAGAGCUAAGGUGAAGUUCUCCGUACAAAAGAACGACAACCACAUCAUCCAGGCUAUUGCUUUAUUAGACCAAUUGGACAAGGACAUAAAUACAUUUGCUAUGAGAGUUAAGGAGUGGUAUGGAUGGCAUUUCCCUGAGCUUGCAAAGAUUGUCCCAGACAACUAUGAGUAUGCCAGAUUAGCUUUGUUUAUCAAAGACAAGGCUUCCUUAGACAAUGAUUCCUUGCAUGACGUUGCACAGUUUGUUAAUGAUGAUGCUGGAGUUGCUCAAAAGGUCAUCGAUGCUGCAAGAAUUUCAAUGGGUCAAGACAUCAGUGACCUUGAUAUGCUGAACAUCUCCACUUUUGCCCAAAGAGUUGUUUCUAUCACUGAAUACCGCAAACAGCUGUACAAGUAUUUGACCGAUAAGAUGCAUUCGGUUGCUCCUAAUCUUUCAGAGCUGAUCGGUGAGGUCAUCGGAGCUAGACUGAUUUCACACUCUGGAUCUCUGACCAAUUUGUCCAAGCAAGCUGCUUCGACCGUUCAAAUUCUAGGUGCCGAGAAAGCGCUUUUCAGAGCCUUAAAGACCAAGGGUAAUACGCCUAAGUACGGAUUGAUCUACCAUUCUAGUUUCAUCGGAAAGGCCAGUGCUAAAAACAAGGGACGUAUCUCCCGAUACUUGGCCAACAAAUGUUCCAUUGCCUCCAGAAUCGAUAACUACUCUGAUGAGCCAUCCAAUGUGUUUGGUACCGUUUUGAAGAAGCAAGUUGAGGACAGAUUGGCGUUUUACGACACCGGAGUGCCUCCAAGAAAGAACAUCGAUGCUAUUGCCGAGGCUUUGCAAUUGCUCGGAUCUAGCAAAUCUGACAUCAUCGAAGAGGAAGACUCUGUCCAGCCGGUUAAGGAGAAGAAGGACAAGAAGGAAAAGAAGGACAAGAAAGAAAAGAAGGACAAAAAGGAAAAGAAGGAAAAGAAGGAUAAGAAGAGGAAAGCCGAUGAAGAUAAAGAGGAGAAGAAAAAGAAGAAGAAGAAGGCUUGA